CAACUUCAGUUGUCUGCCUUGCCUCAUUUCCCCACCCCACUGCUGUCGGAGGGAUGACGGCAACAUCCGAGAAAACACUCAAAGCUUUAAAGGAAGUCUUGAGGAUCCCUGGAAAUGACACUUGCGCUGACUGCUUACUCCCAGAGCCGGAAUGGGCCUCCUACACGCUGGGAAUCUUCAUUUGCACAAACUGCUCCGGAAUUCACCGAAACAUUCCAGACAUCAGCAAAAUCAAGUCUCUCAUCCUCGACCCCUGGGAUGACGAGCAGAUACAGUUUAUGCGUCAGAACGGCAAUGAAGCCGCCAGGGUUAAAUAUGAAGCUCACGUCCCUGUUUAUUACUACAAACCAACCUACAUUGACACCCGAGUACAGCUGGAGCAGUGGAUCAGGGCAAAGUAUGAGCGAAAGGACUUUUUGGAAGCUGGGAAAGAACUGCCCUAUUCCACGGGUUACCGGGAAGGAUUUCUAUGGAAACGUGGACGAGACAACGGGCUCUUCCUGAACAGAAAGUUCAUCUUGACCGAAAGAGACGGGAUCCUGAAAUACUUUGCCAAGAAUGAUGCCAAGGAGCCAAAAGCAUCCAUAAGAGUGGACAACAUGAACGCCACCUUCCAGCCGGCCAAGAUCGGGAACCCCAACGGUCUGCAGAUCACCUACUUGAAGGACAACAGCACCAGGAAUAUCUUUGUUUACCAUGAGGAGGGAAAGGAGAUCGUGGAUUGGCUCAACGCCUUUCGAUCAGUGCAGUUCUACUAUCUCCAAGUUGCCUUUCCAGGGGCGAGCGACAAUGAGCUCAAGCUCAAACUGACCAGGAAUUUUCUGAAGGAAGGCUACAUGGAAAAGACAGGGCCCAAGCAAACAGAAGGCUUUAAGAAACGCUGGUUUUCCUUGGACCACCGGAGGCUGAUGUACUUCAAAGAUCCUCUGGACGCCUAUGCUAAGGGAGAGGUGUUUAUCGGCAGCAAGGACAACGGGUACUCGGUGUCGGCGAACGUACUGCUUGGCCCCCAGCGGGGGGGGAGCUGGGAGUUCGGAAUCACCAUUGUCACACCGGAGAGGAACUUCCUGUUCAUCUGCGAGACGGAGAUGGAGCAGCAGGAAUGGGUGGUGGCCUUCACAAGGGUCAUGGAACAGCCCAUGUCUCCCCAGGAGUACACGGUGGCAGCUUACUUCAAGCACAGGCGGUAAUCCUCAGCACAGCCCACCUACCUACCCACCCACCCACCAAGAGGGAUAACUACUACAAACACCACAUGCUACUGAAAUGAAACAGAAAGGAGUUCCAGAUCUCGCAGCUCAUCCAGAAACCUCACCCCUCACACCCCCGUAACAUCCCACCAUCGCCCCCCAAAACUGACCCCCACACACCACGCUUGUACAUAAGUGUUUGAUAGUUUGGGUGCAACUGGAGUGUUGCUUUGUCCAGCUAGGACCACCCCACCCAUUUGGGCUUUGGCUGCAGGGCUAACAGAAGCCGAGCGGGUGGGAGGAUUCCCUGCCCGCAAUGACUGGUCAGCCCUUCCAGGUCCUGCCAUCAGCAGUGAGUGCCCUGGAAUCUAUGGACCCUCCCGGCUCAGGAACCGGGACUACCGAGAGAGAGCACUGCCGGAGAGGGUUGUCACGAUAAAAAUAAAAUGAUUAAAGUGGCUUUGAGC